GUGGUGUCGUGGUUCGAAGCUGUCCAUGACCUGCUGACCUCUGACCUUCAGAGGAGCUCCGCCCCCCUGCUCAGCCUCACUGAAAACUUCUAUGACUACUUCCUGCUGUUGGGUCAGGCGUCUCUUCCAGUCACUCAGCUGUCUGUGGUUCUUAUUCAGUUGGCUCGAUUUGCGUUGGAACCAGAAAUCCACUUUCCACUGAGACUCGAGGCCAUCAGAACGUUUAACAGCAUCCUGCAGUCUCUGAGCUCCGAACAGCGCAAACUGAUCCAGACGGACCAGAGCCACAACGCCAUACUGUCUCAGGUGGCAGCAACAGUUCUGUCAGUUGGAGACUACCAGCUGCAGGUCAGCCUAUCAGAGGCUCUGUGUCGACUGACCCCCAGGAAGGAGCGUCGGCAGAGAGCCUAUCAGUGGUUCUCCUGUUGUGACAUCAGCAGCUCCUUCUGUGACAUCAGGGACGCAGACUUCGAGGUGGACUGCCGCCGUUUCCUGAACUUUGUGAAUGGUUGCCAUGGCAGCGAGAGGAGGGUGUACACCUUCCCCUGUUUACGAGCCUUCCUCGACUCCACCGAGCUGUUUCGACCAAAAGAUGAAAAACUGGACGAGUUCUGGAUCGAUUUCAACGUCAGCUCGGGAUGUGUGAGCUUCUUCAUCAACGAGCCCCAGGAGUCCCUGUGGGGGUCGGUCCACCUGCUGAAGGGGAACGUGGAUCGUUACAGUCUUCAGCUCGAACAGGACGAGACCGUCCUCAGCGUCUGGCUGAACAAUCCCAUCAUGCACCACAACAACAGAGGUCAGAAGGUGGAGCUGAAAUUUAAGCCGGAGCUCCACCGAGAGCUGGAGGACGCUGCCGGGAGAGUCUUCACGCAGAGAGUAAAGAGUUCCUGUGAGGGUGGUACAGUCCAGGUGUCCCCCUCUGCACACAAAGACAAUGAUAGGUCCUACAGACGGAAGAAACCAAAGAGCAAGAGUCAGCUGAAGGUUCUGCCUCUGUCGUCUCCGAGCAGUGAGGAAGACUUCUUGGUAACCAAGACUCCGCUGAGCAGAUCUGAGUUUCUGUUCGAUCAGAUCCAAAACUCGACUCCAGCGUGCCGCUCAGGUGUUCCUGUGAAGGCGGAGCUCAAGAUCUCUCUGGAAAAGACAGAAGAUUCGGGAGGAAACAUUUCUCCUAUAAGAAAAGAAAUGUUCAGUUCAGACAGGAAGAGAGCCGCUCAUGACUCAGGCUACCUGUCGGACCAAACUGAGGGCCUUCUGGCCCAGAAGAGGAGGGCGGAGCCUCAGACUGAGGGGGAGGAGCCAAAAUCUCCAACGCCAGAGUCAUCACCUGAGGGGGUGGAGCCACUGAAGGAGGGGGGGCUGCUCGGUGAGGAGGCGGGGCCACCAGAGGAGGAGGGGCUUGUGAAAGAGUCAGGGGAGGAGGCAGAAUCUGACCUGAGGUCUGGAAUCACAGCUGCCUUCAACACCUUCAUAACACAGCUGGAGCAACACUUCAACGGCUGCUGGAAGAACGUCGAAGCUGAAAUUUUUCUGUCUUUGAAAGAGUGUCAACAACACAUCUCCUCAUUGCUGACAGCUGUCCAUCAACACAG